AUUUCCAAACCCACCCCAUAAGACUUUAAAACUGGGACAAAGCAGCGUCAGGCCCCAGCGGCUUCAAUUGCACAACCUCAGCGCAGCCUCGGGAGCGGCCCGGCGGCCCACCCGGAGCAGCCCCUUUAAAACGACGGAGUACAAGUAUUGGGAUUCUUGAAACCUGAAACCCAGAAGGCGAAUCGAGGCGGAAACCAGAGGGAAAACCUUGAACUCCUCCAGACAAUUGCUUCCGGGGAGUUCCGAGAGAGCAAGCGGGGAAUCCAGGGCCCGACUGGAGGGGCCCUCGGAUGGCGCAUCCCUGAGGGCCGGGAGAGCUCGUGCAGCGCGGGAAGGCGACGGCCCCGCUGUGUCCCCUCAGGCUGCAGGUCAUGGCCCCCGUGGAGCAGAAAGCCCUGGGCGCCGGCUUGCAGUGGCUCUCGCUGGCCACCCUGGUGCUGCUCUGUGCCGGGCAAGGGGGGCGCAGGGAAGAUGGGGGUCCAGCGUGCUACGGGGGAUUCGACCUGUACUUCAUUCUGGACAAGUCAGGAAGUGUGCUGCACCACUGGAAUGAAAUCUAUUACUUUGUGGAACAGCUGGCUCAUAAAUUCAUCAGCCCACAGCUAAGAAUGUCCUUUAUUGUCUUCUCUACUCGAGGAACAACCUUAAUGAAACUAACAGAAGACAGGGAGCAGAUCCGUCAAGGCCUAGAAGAACUCCAGAAAGUUCUGCCAGGAGGAGACACUUACAUGCAUGAAGGAUUUGAAAGGGCCAGUGAGCAGAUUUAUUAUGAAAACAGUCAAGGGUACAGAACAGCCAGCGUCAUCAUCGCUUUGACUGAUGGAGAACUCCAUGAAGAUCUCUUUUUCUAUUCAGAGAGGGAGGCUAACAGAUCCCGAGAUCUUGGUGCAAUCGUUUACUGUGUUGGUGUAAAAGAUUUCAAUGAAACACAGCUGGCUCGCAUCGCAGACAGCAAGGAUCACGUGUUUCCUGUGAAUGAUGGUUUCCAGGCUCUGCAAGGCAUCAUCCAUUCGAUUUUGAAGAAGUCCUGCAUUGAAAUUCUUGCAGCAGAGCCAUCAACCAUAUGUGCAGGAGAGUCUUUUCAAGUUGUCGUGAGAGGAAACGGCUUCCGACAUGCCCGCAACGUGGACAGGGUCCUGUGCAGCUUCAAAAUCAAUGACUCAGUCACCCUCAAUGAGAAGCCUUUUGUUGUGGAAGAUACUUACUUACUGUGCCCAGCUCCUGUCUUAAAAGAAGUUGGCAUGAAAGCUGCUCUCCAGGUCAGCAUGAAUGAUGGCCUCUCUUUUAUCUCCAGCUCUGUCAUCAUCACCACCACACACUGCUCUGAUGGCUCCAUCCUGGCGAUCGCAUUGCUGAUCCUGUUCCUGCUCCUGGCCCUGGCACUGCUUUGGUGGUUCUGGCCCCUCUGCUGUACCGUGAUAAUCAAGGAGGUCCCUCCCCCACCUGCCGAGGAGAGUGAGGAAGAAGAUGAUGAUGGUCUACCUAAGAAGAAAUGGCCCACAGUAGAUGCCUCUUACUAUGGCGGGCGAGGUGUUGGUGGCAUUAAAAGGAUGGAGGUUCGUUGGGGAGAAAAGGGCUCCACAGAAGAAGGUGCUAAGUUGGAAAAGGCAAAGAAUGCAAGAGUGAAGAUGCCUGAGCAAGAGUACGAAUUCCCUGAGCCUCGGAAUCUCAACAAUAACAUGCGUCGGCCCUCUUCUCCCCGGAAGUGGUACUCUCCCAUCAAGGGAAAACUCGAUGCCUUGUGGGUCCUACUAAGGAAGGGAUAUGAUCGUGUGUCCGUGAUGCGUCCGCAGCCAGGAGACACGGGGCGCUGCAUCAACUUCACCAGAGUCAAGAACAACCAGCCGGUCAAGUACCCCCUCAACAAUGCCUACCACAACACCUCACCACCUCCUGCCCCUAUCUACACUCCCCCACCCCCUGCUCCGCACUGUCCUCCCCCACCUCCCAGUGCCCCAACCCCUCCCAUCCCAUCCCCACCUUCUAACCUUCCCCCUCCUCCCCAGGCUCCACCUCCCAACAGGGCCCCACCCCCUUCCCGCCCCCCUCCAAGACCUUCUGUCUAAACCCAAGCCCUGGGCUCUAGGCUCUCUCAGAAACUUUGGGGAGGAGGGGCCUUGGUGGCCUUAGAACAGUCUUUCCAGGUGGAGGUGAAGAGUGGUGACAAAGCCCACUGAAUUCACACACUUUUUAAAUCGGUUGACAAUGUCAGUACACCAGCAAUGGUGAUCAGCGGAAAGCAACGAAAUUUUGAAUCGCCUGCGAGCAAAUGAUGAGGCAAAUACAGUCACAUUUAUAGCCAGUCAGCCAUCACCUCUAGAAGGUUCCAGAGACCAUGAAACUGCCAAAUGCUCCAGAAGGGAUUGUGUCUCACAGAGACCUGGAAACAAAAACCUUUUUCAGAGGGGGAAAUGGAGGAGUUGGGUAAGAAAUAGCACUGUUGGGUUUCUAAACGCAGCCUUGCUUCCUCUGCUCCAUCUCCUUCACCAAGGAAUCCUCGCACCAUCCCACCCCCCCCUCCAACCUCGUGCCACCCCAGAAGGUGGAAACUUGGGCCUUCAACUUUGGGAAAGCUUGAGGAGUCUAGUGUGGCAAGAAACUCAGCAUCACAUGGGAACCCAGGAGGGUGGGCUCCUGUGACCUGCAGAUACAUUAACUCACACGCCUUGUUGUGCUUCCGCUCUCUCCCCGUUUCCACACCAGGAGGGGAGCAGGUGUUUACAGAUGGAAAAGGUAUGUUGCUAUGUUGAUGUGCAAGUGCAAGCUGUUGUGUGCCAUGACAGGAGAGUAUUGAAGGGUGCAUCAGACAGUCCCUCAAACCCACAGGCCAGCAGGAGCUAGAGCUAGAGGUUGUUGGCUCUGGCCAGACAUGGUCCCCCAAAUCAAUGGACAGUGGCAUUUGUUAAAGCACAACUUGUUCAUGAUUUAUGUUAAAAACCAAGGUUUGUUUUCUGGAGACAAACUUGAGUUGAUCAUUAGUUAACAUGGUACCACUGAUUUUUUUUCUUUCUUGAUGAAGUUGUGCACCAGCAACUUCUAAAUAGCAUUGAGACACAGCAUAAUAAUCCAAGUAUCCCCAGGUUCUUUAAUUAACCUCAAAAGAAGCAUUUGUGUGGAUGCAACUGUAUUUCUCCUUUGCUUUCCAACUUGCAGAUAGCAUUAGCUGUUAACUCAAAGGAGAUACCACAAUAUGCACAACACAGAAAUGCUCUGAAAUUCCUACCUUGCUAGGACCACACCCAUUUCUUAAGUGUCCCUGUGAGUCUAUUGAGUUAAUAAGCCCUGAAAUCACUCGCUACACAUUGAGCUUCAUCACCAGAGGUCCUUGUUCAGGGCUCCUACACCAACUUGUUCAAAAGCAUCUGCCCUACAGCAUUCCACAGGUCCUAAAGCUCUUGUCCCAAACCUCUCACAUUCUACGUCUUGUGGGAACAAAAUAGAAUAUAAAGGCCAAACUUAGUGCUUUGGGCUAUGGCCUCAGAAGAUCCCUCCGGACUAUAUCAAACCAUCUCAUUCAUGGGAUAUGAGUGUCUGGGGUGCAUGCCCACGGCAGACACAGCAAUCUGUCACAGCACUAAUUCUUCUAGAUCCUUCUCAGCUCACGACUGCCUAUUCAUUGCAACUGAGAGAGAUGGGUCCUAUUUUCCAUCCCUACCAUACAAAACAAAAGUAAACCAUUGGCAAGGGGUAGUGGGGAAGCUCAAGGUCAUAAAGCAACACUUCCCCACCUAUACAUUAUACCCUACCCUCCCACGGUCCCUUCGAAGAAUCCUCUGGCCUUCCAAUAGCACAAAAAUUGGAGAUGGUUUCCAGGGCUUUGGAAAGCAACUUGCUCCCCUUCAUCCAGCCCUACUGCAUUGUCUAUUUUUAGAGCACUAGGUUGCAUCUUUAGUGUAACCCCCUUGUGGAGCAGGGGCCAGAGUGUCUCACCCACGGGUGGGGACAUUACUGGGCCCCAGAAAACCAUUCCAUAGGAGAAUGAGUUCCUCAGGCUCACAGUGUAGAGAUGUUGAGCCCAUGGCCACUGUUUUGACUGCUGGCAGUCCAAAACAGUCCUCCCCGUGCCACAGCCGGCCACAUGACUGGGCAGCCCACAGAACACCCAAGCCAAGACCCUGACAUGGCUCUGCACCCAGGUGGGUGAGCAGCAUGCAACAGUCCCAGCCUCAACAGCCCUGUGCAGUUUCCAAGAUUCUGUGCUGGCAAUGUGUUUUGAUUAACUAGGGAACUGCAACUAUUCGGGAAUGAUGCUCUUUAAAAGGAUUAGCAGGGUCUGUCCUUAAAACUGACUUAUCAUGUCACUCCUAGUCAUGCAGAGCCCUAAAAAGGAGAAGCUUCUCCACAUUGGAUGAGCAUGGCCAUGUUUUUAGAGCAGGCUAAAGACAGGCAGAAAAAUUCUCUGGCUGGUUCACAAAAUCCAUCAGUGUUUGUGUCAUCCCCUGUAAAAGGCAGGAAAUAUACGGUUGUGACCAGAAAACUGCACGAAGUUCAAUUUUCAACCCCUGUGUUAUUGUCCUUAUAAAGUUGUUUUUUAAUAAAAGUCAACUUUUCGUUGUACAUAUUCGUAUUCCAUGUGUUAGAUGGAAACAUUUCUUAUCCAGUGUGAAUAAAAAGAAAAGUUGUAGUAAAUUAUUAUAAAGCCAGUGAUAUUUCAUGGCAGGUUAUUCUACCAAGCUGUGCUUGUUGGUCCUUUCCAUGACUGUAUUGCUUUUCUAAAUGUACAAAUAGUUACUGGGACGACGAGACCCUUGUUUGCACAGCAUUAACGAGAACUUUGAUCAGCAUGGAGGCAGUCCCCUCUCUUGACAGCCAGUUCACCGCUUCUUACCUGGAGCUUGGUACUCACUCCUGCAAAGAUACAUGGUCCCUCCUUUGCCAAGGUCAAGAACAGAACUGGUGCAUAUGGUCACUCACAGUCUUGGAUACCUGGCCAUGGGGGGUAUCAAGCAAAUACUGAUAUUUCAUCAUGAUAAUAUGUUAUGUUUGAUGUCAUAUGCACUACAAUCAAAUACUGUGUCAGAAGGGGAAAAGUAAAUCAUGAAAAAACUGGAGAAAUUCACAAGAGAAUGAGCAACAGCUUCAGCCCAGUACCAACUCAUUUAAAAAAUAAAGUAAUGCUGUGUAAAAUGGGUUGAAUUAAUUCAUGAACUAUGUAAAGAUAUAUGCCAUGAAAAGCCUGUCAAUACACAACGAUGGGAAUGGGAUAUUCUAGUCAACUGCCUUUUCUACUUGUCUGAGCUCUACUAUAUUAUCAUACUUGGGUAACCAAUUUUUUAAAAAUUAGAAUACAAUUUUUGAAUACACUUAACGUGAAACUCUUCCUUUAACUCUUUUCUUCUGUCUGGAAAAAAUCUGUGAUAGUCACGGCUCUCUGGUGUCUCUGAAUGGUUGUCCUGAGGGAAGAGUUGUCACUGUGCCAUGCUGUAGGAGACUAGGCUGAACCUGUACAGUGGAAAACCCUGGAAGUUGCUUUUUUUAAAAAAAUAAUAAUAAUAAUAAAUUUCUAAAAUCAACUAUUUGGCUGGUCA